AUCACACACAAAAAAAAAACGGGAAGAAAAACAACUAGUAAUAAACGCCGCCUAACAAUAAAUUCAGAAAUAAUUGAAAUAAUCGUCAAAAAAUCUGCUCAAUAACUAAAUUAUAAGAGAUAGAGUGAAAAUAUUCCAAUUUGAAUGUCAAUUUCUAACAUUCCCGUUGCCUUUUUUUUUUGUAAAUUAAGUUAAGCAACGAAAAGAAACGAAAGACUUCCAUCAAAAUGACAAAUCUACAACGUUGGCUGAUGUAUUUGAUAAUGUUCCUUAUUCCAUAUUUUCUUUUGCUAUCGUCUGCCAUAAAAACGCCCGGACUUCAGGCGUUGUUGGUGCCUCUGCAAGUUUUGCCUUACGUGUUGGUGUUGAUGUUCGGCUUUUAUGCCGCUGGUACAGUUCUGUAUCGUACAUUUACAUUCAAUGAUUGUCCCGCCGCUGCCGCCGAAUUGCAGAAAGAAAUUGAGGAGGCUCGCAAGGAUUUGAUUACCAAAGGAUUUAAGUUUCGUGAUUAGGACAUCGCCGCCGUUGUCAAAUUGGAACCAAAGGAUUUUUGAACAUAGGACUGGCUUGUUUAGAACGUGUGCGACAUGUUUUAGUGGUACUUAGUUAUAAUUGGGUGAUGUUAUAAGCAAAUAGAGUUAGUUGUCUUUUGAUAGUCUUUUUGUAAAUUUAAUUUAAGAUGGAAACGUUUAUGAAAAUACAUAAAGGCGACUAAAGUAUGUAAUAUAAUGUUUUUAAUAAUCAUUUUUAUGAACUUAAUAUUAGACUCACACAAUUUUUGGUACCAAAUGCCCAUUAAUGCUAAUUUCAGAAUAUUCAGGGAAAAUGAUUUAGAACAUUUGGGUAAAAUCGAUUGAUUAUUAUUCGAGAAUGAAUCUAAACAAGCUUUAUUGGAUCUUAAAUGAUUAUUUGAGUGGAUGGAGGUUAAAUGAUAAGUAUAAUUAAUAUACGCCGUCUUAUUGGCGCUGUAGAAUAAAUUUGAAUUGGAAUCAUGGAA